GGCUCCCACCGGCCAGAGCCUGGCAGAUCCUCGCUUGGGACCGGGGGCUUCAACUUCAAUGCUCGGGUGGAGAGGACCCUCCUGGACGCCCGCAAGAAGCUGGAGGAGGACCAGAAGGACGGGCGCAGGUUCUCCAACCUGGGGAGUCUGCACAGCAGCAUUGCCGGGUCUACCAGCUCCCUGGCCAGCCAGGGCUACUCCCGGGCCCAGAACGGAGCCCAGGGAGCCGGAGGGGGAGGCCAGUUCACCCCCAUGAGCUCAGGCCUGUCCACGCCGGUGUCGCCCACCCCUGCUCACCUGCAGCACGUGAGGGAGCAGAUGGCAGUGGCCCUGCGCAAGAUCCGGGAGCUGGAGGAGCAGGUGAAGAUGAUCCCUGUGCUGCAGGUCAAGAUCUCUGUGCUCCAGGAGGAGAAGCGGCAGCUCAGUGUGCAGCUCAAGAGCCAGAAGUUCCUGGGGCACACCAUGGGCUUCGGCAAGGGCAGGUCCAGGGGGGAGCUGUAUAUCGACAUCCCCGAGGAGGACAGCACCGGCCCAGUGGCAGCUGCGGCUAGAGGGGGCCCCCUCUCCCCGACCACCCCGGAAGGCUCUCGGCAGGAUUCCGGCUGCGAGAUAGAGGACACGGUCAUCGUGGGGGGAGCCAGGCAGCCGGCGGGGGGCAGGAAAGAGGUGAGGUCGAUCGGGACCGAGCCAGAGGCUGGCGCGAAGAGGGAGGUGAGGCACAUAGGGGUGGAGGUGAGGGAGCAGGACCUGGGUGUGCAGUCGGAAUCGGAGGCCUGGAAGACGAAAGCAAGCCUGCUGGAGACACAGCUGAGGAAAACCCUGCAGGAGCUGCACACCGCCCACAGGAAGUUAGAGGCACUGGGCAAAGAGACGGCCGAGAAGGGGCAGGACGCCAAGCCAUCUAUGGCCGAUGCCGUCAUGAUGACCAGCAUUGGGUGGCAGGAGCUGCAGCAGUGGGGGCGGCCUGGUGAGCCCUCCCCCUUGCAGACCGUUGUCACCUUCAGCCAGCACCCCCCGUGCAGAGAGCAGAGGACGGUGGGAAUCCAGGUGUACACCCUGGAGCAGCCCACAGUGGUCGGUGUGCGCAGUUUCCAGGAGACCACAACCACCCCCAGGAAAGACCAGGCAGAGUUCGUCCAGCAGCCCUCAUGGGGCGAGGGGGGUGGCACUCAUGCUGAGCUCACAGGCCUUGUGACAAAAGACCCCAAUGGGCAGCAGGGCGGCACUGAGGCAGAGCUCACAGUGACUCACAGGAGGGAAGAGCCUCAGGAGACCUCCUUCCCAGUUCAUUCCAGCAACCAGCUCCAGAAGAAGAGUGUGGAGGGACCAGUGUCAGUCCCAGGUAGGGGACACAGUGCAGAACUUACAGCUGAGUUUCCAGAUCAUGCUUUUAGCUUGACCUCAGAAGCAGGGUUUACAUUUCCAAUAGGAGAUAGUAACUGGCAUAGACAUGUAUCUAAUUGUGGCAAGAUAAACAUGCACAUAUAUGAUGCACUUCACUUUCCCAGCUACAGAAGCAGCCAUUACCCAAACCAGGGAUUUCUUCAGGAGGUGAACGAGCAAGUGAAGGCAACAGAAGAUCAGGAUGGCACAGGGAAGAGCAACCCCACCUCGCCCACAGCCAUCCAUGGCAAGGACCAGGACCUCCCCUAUUCAGUGGAGACUCCCUACGGGUAUCGGCUGGACCUGGAUUUCCUGAAGUACGUCAAUGACAUUGAGAAGGGCAACACCAUCAAGAAGGUGCCCAUUCACCCAAUCUGCUCCAAGGAGGUGCGCGAGGUCCUUCAGAAGAGUGAGGUGUCUUCCUCGGUGCCUGUCUGCAGUCCGGCUGUUGUCAUGGAGACAGUCAGUGCCACGCAACUGGUGUCUAAUCAGCUGGCCCCCCUGUGCCAGAGGCUAAAGGAAGGGGACAUGACACAGCAGACACCCCAUGAAACUGCCCCUGCACAGGAGGACAACAGCUCCCAGCCUGCCUCUCCACAGUCCAGCCUUAAGUCCAUCAUGAAGAGGAAGGACAGUGAGGCCUGUACCGACUCCCCCAACACCAAGAAGAAUCUGCAGUUCAUUGGGGUCAACGGAGGCUAUGAAUCCACGUCAUCAGACAGCAGCUCCGAGAGCUCGGACAGCAGCUCUGAGAGUGAGUACCAUGAGGCCAACGAGCGGCUGCCUCCCACCCAGGACGCCCCACGGGCCCACAGUGAGGAGGCCGCCCCUGGACCGCUGCAGGAGGCCACAGCCACCGCCUUCCCCCCUGCACCCAGCGAGGGGGCGGCUGCAGAGCAGGACAGGUCCACCACUCAGGAAACGCAGCCAGAGGACAGCACCAGGCUGGAGCUGAGCGACACCCUUAUGUCAGCCUGUACAGUCCUGCAGAAAGCUCUCGGGGAGACGAAUGCCUUCAGCCAGCAGGAGGCAAGGACAGCCUACACGACUGUGCUACAGGAGUGGCUGCGGGUUUCCUGUCACAAGGCGGCCGACGCGGAAGUGGUUCGCAGGUACAUGGUGGCAUUCCAGGCCAUCUCACCUCAGCUCCUAGAGUUCAUCAUCAACAUGGCCGACGGCAACGGCAACACCACUCUGCACUACACCGUCUCCCACUCCAACUUUCCUGUGGUCAAGCUGCUACUGGACACAGGACUGUGCAAUGCAGACAAGCAGAACAAGGCAGGAUACACAGCCAUCAUGCUGACUGCCCUGGCUGCGUUCCAUUCCAGCAGCGACCUGGAGACAGUCACACAGCUCCUGAGAACUGGAGACGUCAACGCUAAGGCCAGCCAGGCUGGUCAGACAGCGCUCAUGCUGGCUGUCAGUCACGGGCGCAGUGACAUGGUUGGUGCGCUGCUGGCCUGCGGCGCCAAUGUCAAUCUGCAGGACGACGAUGGCUCCACAGCGCUGAUGUGUGCCUGUGAGCAUGGGCAUGUGGACAUUGUCAAGCAGCUGCUGGCUGUGCCGGGGUGCGACGCCACACUGACAGACAACGAUGGCAGCACAGCCCUGUCCAUUGCAAUGGAGGCCAACCAGAACGACAUCGCUGUCCUCCUCUAUGCCCACCUGAACUUCGCUAAGCCCCCCUCCCCGGUGACACAGAAGGCAGUCUUGUUUGGCACAGUGACCCCACCUGGAGAAACCAAGUAAUUGCCACCAGCAUCAUCCUUCCCGCUUUCUACCUCCUCCUGCCCCUCUGCAGCAAUGAGGGCUUCUGGGUUCCCACUAGGUCACAGGCCUUUGUCUAACUCCCUGUGUGUUCCUGGGGUUGUCCCACAGGUGCAGGUGUGUGUAUGUGUGCGUGCUUGAGGGAACCGCUUCCUUAGGCACACAGACACGCACGUCCACCCACCCUUCUUGGAUUCAUCCUGCUGUCUUUUCUCCAACCUCCAGUGCACAAGGGGACUGAUUUCUUACAGCAGACUGUUGAAAGUUUUUCCAUGGAGGCAGAGAGCACAACUCUUGCUUGGCUUGCCCACGGCACCUGAUGCACUUCAGCAUCCAAGGUUCUGGACUGGGGCUUUAAAACAUGGAAAACACCGGUUUAGAACAUGGAGCAAAUGGAACAAGGGAUCCUCUGUUGAGACUGAAGCGCCAAGGAUAAGGCACGGUGGUUUAUGGUUUCUGAAUGAGAUGUCGUAUGUGUAAAGGAAGUAAAGGAGAAGUAGUUUUGUGUAGGUAACGGCAGUUGUAUGGGUCUGGAUUCUGCCCCCAUACCUUCCCCCACUGCUAUAUUGUGUAGUUUCAUCCUGUAGAGCUAA